CUGGCUGCGCUCAAGUGAUUUGUGUCGCUCGAGAGAAUCGCCCACUCAUAUGCGCUGGCUGGACAGCUCUAUGCUUUUCACCUCUCGUCAGCUCGUCCCUAUGACACAUCUUGCAAUGCACACAUACAUGUCUGGCUGCCUGCAGCACCUGGGCUGCUCCACUGACAUGGCUCCAAUCCGGAUGCCCCUCUUCUUUGUCCGGAUUGACUAAACCCUAAAGUCAAAACCCUGAGCCCUAAACCCUGCCAGUGGUAACCCACCACGACGGUGAAAAUGGUAGCUUUCCCACAUUGCUCCACGCAACCGCACACCGAUCCUUGUCUGUCUGUGUUUGUGUGGGUGUCAGGUACCCAGAGUGUUCCCGGCGAGCAUCCGGUCGACCAACAGAGAGUAGGCGCAAUGAGCGGAGCGGAGAAAGUAAGCGAGGCUUCCGCGUACUACAACCAGACUGAUGUGGUGCCCAGCUGGGUGGAGAGGGAACUUGAGGUUGACCGCAGGAGUGUCUAUGUGGUAAGGAGCCUUUCCUUCACACGCGUCGGUUGAUGAUCCUCUCACACUGCAUGCAUCUGUUCACCCGCCAGGGAAAUUUGGACUACCACACGACGUGUGAAGAGCUCCAGGGUGAGAACGAAAAGAAGGAGGGGCAAGGGAAUAAGCUGCAAUGUUGGGGUGGGGUGCACUUGUGUGCGCGCAGAGCAUUUCAAGUCGAUUGGACCAAUCAAUCGGGUCACCAUCCUUGUGGACAAGUACACAGGUAACACGACGGUCCCCUCUGAAGUGAACAUUCAUAACAAGACGGUGAAAACCCUCGUCCAUUCACAGGUCACCCCAAGGGGUUCGCCUACAUAGAGUUCAUGGACGUCGAAUCGGCCGAGAAUGCCCUCACGCUCAACGAAACAUCUUUUCGGUGCGAUCACUGGGUGGAUGUGUGGAUGUGUGCUGGUGAAGGCAUCGACCAAUCCGUCCACUCAUGGCUUGUUUGUUCAGGCAGCGCGCCAUCAAGGUUGUGCCCAAACGGACGAACGUGCCCGGUCUGGGGCUGAGGAGAGGGGGAGGGGGAGGGGCCUACUCGGCUGGACCACCCAGGGGGCCGUCGAGAUUCGGGGGAGCGCCCCGGCCAUUCAGACCACCGCCCACUGGUUCGUUUGCGCAAGGCGAAUUUCUGGGUUGAUGGCAUUCUUGCAUGCAAUAUUUGUGCGUCUUGAUGAAUGAUGGAUCAGGCAUGGAUGGCAGUGCUGCAGCUGCUGCUUCGUACGACCCCACGACAGCCAACCCCACCACAGCCAACGGUUCUUCGGUGUACUAUUCCUCAUCCUACAGCCCCUACGACUACAGCGCGUACAUGACUGCCUACGCCGGGUACCCCUACGCCCCCUUUCCACUCACCCACCCCCCUGCAACUGCCGCCACUCAUGCCUCCGCUCCAUCGUCAUCUGCGCCAGCACCAGCAGGCGACCCGUCCUCAUCAUCAGCCACGGCUAGCGGCGCCACGGCGGCCCUUCAGAGUCAGAUGCAGGCGUACCAAGACUACGUCGCAUCGGCGUACAAGGCCAUGAUGCAGGCGCAGACGGGCGCGACAGACGCGGGUGCGAUGAGCAGUGUGGCGAUGCCGUACUACUCUGCUUGGCCGGGCAUGAUGAUGGGCAUGGUCGGCACCGCACAGGCGGCGGUGUCGACAACCACCGCACCCGCCGCACCUACGGCUGCAUCUGCGACAGCGAGCGCAUCCGCGGACGCGUCCGCAGAGUCUGUGUCUGCAUCUGUUGCGCAAGAGGUGUCGAGUGGCGCUGUGGCUGUACAGGAGAUGGAGGGGGGUGCGGGUGCUGCGGGCAGCAGUAGCAGUAGCACAGAUGCGGGUGGCGGGGCCGCUGCGUCGAGCACCGCGGCCACGAGCUGCGGUGCUGAUGCGAGCAGUGCAGAACAGAAGAGCGGGGGAUAGAUGCUGACAAUGGAUGGAUGGAUGUUACCCAUGAGUGUUUGACAAACAUGACGGCACGUCUCCCGUGGCAAAUGGCAUAGCGGAAUCCGG